AUGGCAUUGGCAACGACGACGAAACGGCUGCUGAAAGAAUACCAGACCGCGUCGCGCGAGCUCGGUCUGGCACCUAACACGGCACGCAGUGCGUCGGCGAAUCCGGACCUGCUCGAGUUGCGACCUUACGAUGUCGAAGGCGAAGAUCUCUUCGAAUGGACCGCCCUGCUUCGCGGCCCUUGCACUGGCAACUACGCCUGCGGCCUAUUCCACCUUUCCAUCCUGAUCCCGCCUACAUACCCGACCAAACCACCAACGAUCAAGUUCCGCACAAAGAUCUUCCACCCCAACGUCGCCUGGAAGGACGGCGAGAUCUGCCUCGACAUCCUACAGGCGCAAUGGUCCCCAGCAUGGACACUCAGCUCUGCCUGCACCGCCAUCCUGGCCUUGCUCGAUUCUCCAGAACCAGAUAGCCCACUCAACGUCGACGCCGCAACCCUCUACAGGACCGGCGACAAAAGGGCCUACCAAAGCAUGUGUCGCAUGUACACCCGCUUGUACGCUAGCAACCAAGACACCUGA